CACGCUUCCCAAUACAUGGAACCAUUUCUGACGUCAUCAAUUCUGUCUCUAUAUAUAUAAAACAUCACCCGAUCCACCUUUCGUGAUCGCUUAAUCAGAUAAUCAGACCUUUCAUCGAAGCAAAAAUGGAUGCGAACCAACGAAUCGCGAGAAUCUCUGCUCAUCUCAACCCUCCCAAUCUCGAUCAGAUUGGUUCCGGGUCGGGUCUGGGACGGGUGGGUUGCCGGGCGAAAGGCGGAUCUCCAGGAUUCAAAGUGGCGAUACUGGGAGCAGCGGGAGGGAUAGGGCAGCCUCUAGCGAUGUUGAUGAAGAUGAAUCCAUUGGUGUCGCUUCUUCAUCUCUACGACGUUGCUAAUGCUCCUGGUGUUACCGCUGAUAUUAGUCACAUGGACACUAGUGCCAUCGUUCGUGGGUUUCUCGGGCAAUCGCAACUAGAGGAAGCACUUACGGGUAUGGAUCUAGUGAUUAUACCUGCUGGUGUUCCGAGGAAACCAGGGAUGACCAGGGAUGAUCUUUUCAACAUUAACGCCGGCAUCGUAAGGACACUCUCUGAAGCUAUAGCUAAGUGUUGUCCUAAAGCGAUUGUGAAUAUCAUCAGUAACCCAGUGAACUCCACGGUGCCAAUCGCAGCCGAGGUUUUCAAGAAAGCGGGCACUUUUGAUCCUAAGAAACUCAUGGGAGUCACCAUGCUUGAUGUUGUUAGAGCUAAUACGUUUGUGGCGGAAGUAAUGAGUCUUGAUCCUCGAGAUGUUGAUGUUCCGGUUGUUGGAGGGCACGCAGGAGUUACAAUUUUGCCUUUGCUUUCUCAGGUGAAACCUCCAUGCUCUUUCACUCAAAAAGAGAUUGAAUAUCUCACAGACCGCAUCCAAAACGGUGGCACUGAAGUGGUCGAGGCUAAAGCUGGUGCAGGUUCUGCAACACUAUCUAUGGCUUACGCAGCAGUGAAGUUCGCAGAUGCUUGCCUCAGGGGUCUACGAGGCGAUGCAAACAUUGUCGAGUGUGCAUUUGUGGCAUCUCAUGUGACUGAGCUUCCCUUCUUCGCAUCAAAGGUGCGUCUAGGAAGAUGUGGGGUCGAUGAAGUGUACGGACUUGGACCAAUGAACGAAUACGAGAGGAUGGGGUUAGAGAAGGCAAAGAAAGAGCUCGAAGGGAGUAUUGCGAAAGGUGUUACCUUUGUCAAGAAGUAG